GUCAUCGCCGGAAGCACAUCCGUCCGCGGCGCGCGAGGGAAAACUGAGUUGUGUAAAAAAAAAAAACAACAAAGAAUAAAAAAGGAACACGUGUUGGGAAUGUCUCCACCGGCGGGAAGAACGAGCCAUGAAGCGGCGAACAUAUCGGACACCGACUCAGAGGACGAGCCCAAGCUCCCUCUCAAUCAGUUCUACCCGUACAUCCGCUGUGCCCUCUGCUGCGGCUUCCUCAUCGACGCCACCACCAUCACAGAGUGCCUGCACACAUUUUGCAAAGGCUGCAUCGUGAAGAGCUUCUUCUACAGCAACAGGUGUCCCACGUGCAGCAUCGUAGUCCACCAGACGCAGCCGCUUUACAACAUCAGGCCUGACAGACAACUGCAGGAUAUCGUUUACAAAAUGGUUCCUUUCCUCGAGGAGCUGGAAAGAGAACAAAUGAGUAACUUCUACAAAGAGAGAGGACUGGAGGUGCCAAAACCAGUGAUGGUGUCCCCGGCUCCUGUUGUGGUCAGGAAGCAGAAGAAGGAGGCCGUUCCUCAGUCUAUGUUCACCAUUCCUCCUGAGCUGGAUGUGUCUCUGAUGCUGGAGUUCGUUGGGGCUGAAGAGGGCAUCAAUAACUACAAGCCAUUAGAGAGGCGGUACGUCCGUGUGUCGGGCGAGGCCACGGUCCGCCACGUGGAGCUGUUCAUCAGGAGGAAGAUGGAGCUGAGCCCAGCCUGCCAGGUGGAUGUGGUUUGUGGAGACCACCUCCUGGAUCACUACCAGUCCCUUAAAGACAUACAGAACUCUGUGGGCGAAGAGGCGCUACAGGACGGUCUGCUGGUGCUGCACUUCGGCUUGGUCCUGCCCUCCGAGUCUUGAGCACGUGGGGCGGAUGUAGUUCAUUCCUGACCUUCUCUCCAUCAGACUCUUUCUACUUUGGCAUUAUAACUACUCCACAACUGUCUCCGAUUGUUCGCCUCUACUGC